UUUCUCCUGAUUAUUAUUUACCAGGGAUAUUUUUCAUGAUUUUAUGUUGCUUCGCGUGAUCCGAAAUCCGAAAAUCAGGGCACAUUCCUUGAGGGACGAGUAAGGGAUGCCCUUCGGCCAGUUGUUUUUCUCUCAUUUCGCGCGAUUACGUUAUUAGUCGCCUCGAAACAGGUUUCUAUGGCUAACGGCUAAACUGUGUCUCAAUUGAGGCGCAAAAGAUGGGCAACAUACUUUUAUUAAUUCAGUAACGUUGUAUUGUAAGCGGCGAAUACAGUCGACGAAAGACAGUAGCGAGUUUGUCUCGCUUCUCGCGUUGAUCUCAAUCGUGGUAGCAAGAGUGCGACAUGAGAUGUGAAAGGAGGAGGAGGAGGAGGAGAAAAAGAAACUCUUUAGAUGAGGAUCGUAGAACGGACGGCUGGAGUAGAACAAGACGAGGUUUGCAGGAAGGGCAUGGUGUGCCGAUAUGGCAUUGUAAAGGAGGGGAUGUCUCGCGCGUCCCACGAUACACUACCUUCACUCUUCUGCAGUUACUAUUCAAGGCAGAGUCGCAGUUAGUGUCAGUCAUCGCGCGAAAGUGCCUCGCAGUCCUUCGGAUCGAAAUUGAUUGCGUCCUUCAUUGAAUUAUCUAGCACUUAGUUUUAAUCUAAGGUAACGAUCUCUUCAUACCUUUGUACGAUAUUAACUCUUGUAACAAAAGCGAAUUACAUAUAUUGCAAUUAAAAAUUCUUUGGAAUGCUAAAGAAUCCCAAGACAAUGCGUCAGCUAAGUCAACUUUAUUCUAAAUUAGACAGGAAAUCUCUUCGAGUGAGAACAAUCUCUCGUAAUCUGAUGAGAAAAAUCGGCUCUCAAGGACGUCGAUUAAUUUCUCUGAAAGGCCAAGUCUGCAAGAUGACGGGAGCCUGGAGGACCAUUUUCGUAACCGGAGGCGCUGGUUACAUCGGCAGUCAUUGUAUCGUCGAGCUCCUAGAGUGCGGCUACGACGUGGUGGCUAUAGACAACUUUGCAAACAGCGUAACAGAAACCGACGGCGAGUCCGCAGCGCUCAAAAGAGUUGAGCAAAUAACAGGGAAGAAAGUUACGUUUUAUAACUGCGAUUUACUCGACAAAGAGAAGCUCGAGACCGUCUUUAAUCAGCACAAAAUAGAUUGCGUGAUACAUUUCGCGGCUAUUAAAGCUGUCGGCGAAUCGAUGCAAGUUCCGCUUCAUUAUUAUCGUAAUAAUAUGAUAGGAGCUAUUAAUUUGCUUGAGGUGAUGAAAGCGGCCGGCUGUUUUCAGCUUGUAUUCAGUAGUUCUUGUACGGUUUAUGGCGAGCCUACAGAAUUACCCAUCACGGAAGAACAUGAAACCGGUAAUAUCACCAAUGUUUACGGCCGAACAAAGUAUUUUAUUGAAGAGAUGCUCAAGGAUAUAUCCAGAGCUGAAAAGAAUUGGAAUAUUAUAUCUUUACGAUAUUUCAAUCCAGUGGGUGCUCACCGAUCAGGAUUGAUCGGGGAAGAUCCGACAAAGCCGUUUACAAAUCUGAUGCCGUAUAUUGCUCAAGUCGCUUUGAGGCACAAGUCGGAGUUGAUCAUAUUCGGUGGUGAUUAUCCUACAAAUGAUGGGACAGGUGUCCGUGAUUACAUUCAUGUUAUGGAUUUGGCAGCCGGCCACGUGGCGGCAUUAAAUGCUUUGCACAAACAGCACCUUAGGCUAAAGAUUUACAACUUAGGCACUGGCAAUGGUGUGACUGUGUUGGAAUUAAUAAAAACGUUUGAGAAAGUCACUGGUACUACCGUGCCGUAUAUUAUAAAGGAGAGAAGAGAGGGUGAUAUCGUAUCCAUGUACGCUAAUACAGAUUUGGCGAAAAAAGAAUUAGGCUGGACAGCAAAGUACAACGUUGAGCAAAUGUGCCAGGACUUCUGGACGUGGCAAACGAUGAAUCCACAUGGUUAUCGAACUUCAUUAAAAAACGGAACUAUUGAACAUCUGAACAAUACAUCGUAACAACAAAUUGUAUCGAGAAAAUUUUGCAAAUAAUUUAUAAUAAAGAAUUGAUGCACAUUAUCUCACAA